CCGGCGGGCGCGCGGAGGAGGCGGCUGGCGCCGGGCUUGUCGCCGGGCUUGUCCCCGGGCUCUGGCCGCAGCCCGGAUGCCGGGGCCGGGCUGGGCUGGGCUGGGGCGGGCCCGGGGCGCGGCUCCUCCCAUCGGGUCCCGCCCCCGCCCCCGGCCGGCUCGGAGCUGCGGGCGCGGAGCGCGCACGACCUGGAGCCCUCGGCGGCGGCGGCGGACCCCCGGGCACCAUGAGCGCGCUCCCCGGCCUGCGCCUUCGCCUUCGCCUUCGCCUCCGCGGGGCCCCGGCGCGGCCGCCCCCGGCGCUCCUGCUCCUGUGCGUCCUCAUCUCUGUGCCCGCGACCGAGGCGGACGAGCUGACUCCAGUCUCACCUUUCACCAGUUUACCUGACCGAGAAGGAACUACGGCAAAGUAUUCUAACUUCUCCCUGGAGAGUCAUAACAUAUCACUAAUUGAACACUCCAGUCUGCCAGUUGAAAAAAAUAUCACUUUAGAGAAGCCUUCUAAUAUAAUACUCACAUGCCAGUUCACUUCAUCUGGGAAUUUGAAUUCAUUGGAGGUGAUGUGGAAAAAAGAUGACGAACUCAUUAAGGAGAAUAACUAUCUUGUCAACAUAACAGGAUAUAUUCUGUAUACCCAAUACACGUUCACCACGAUUAAUAGCACACAGCUGGGAAGCUACUCUUGUUCUCUUCAGGAAAAGGGGAAGGAACAGAGGGGCACAUUUAACUUCAAAGUCCCUCAGCUUCCUGUAAAAGAGAAAGCACUGAUCACUUAUGUGGGGGACUCAACUGUGUUGAAAUGUGUGUGUCAUGGCUGUUCUCCUUUAAAUUGGACUUGGUACAGAAGCAAUGGAAGUGUAGAGGUUCCUAUUGAUGUUCAAAGGAUUGACAAGUAUAUGAUCAGUGGAGCGCAUGCUAAUGAAACGAAGCUCAGGCUGAUGCAGCUCGCGGAGGAAGACCAGGGCACUUACUGGUGCCACGCGAAUUUCCAGCUGGGGGAAAGCCAGGCACCGGUCCAGGUUGUCGUGCUCACCUAUCUGACUCCGCUCAAACCAUUUCUUGCAAUAGCUGCUGAAGUCCUUCUUUUAGUGACUGUCAUUUUGUCUUGUGAAGCAUACACGCAAAAGAAACAGAAGUGUUCAGAUCAUGGGAAAGAAUUUGAACAAAGUGAGCAGUUGAAAACAGAUGAUAGCAAUGGCAUAGAGAGUAAUGCUCCCAGACUCAGAAAAAAUGAGUCUGUGACCAGUGAAUGAGGAACAUCAUGUGAAGAGUCAUGGGAAGAUGUUCAAAGAGCUUGUGUUUUGGUUUUGCUUAUACGUCCUGUAAAAUGAUUUUUUUUUUUUUGAUAAAAAGUUUAUACAACAUUUUGCAAUAGCUUUGCAAAUUGUAUAUGUGAUCUUAGAGGUAAAGAUUUUUUCAUUCUGUAAUAUUUUACAUUAAAGCAACUCGUAUUAAAUGUAUUCUAUGAGCUAGAUAACCCAGGACAAUUAAUUUCAUCCUAAUCUGCAUAUACAGCAUGCACACCAGCAAAAGCAGUUCACAGUUCACAGACCAAAGGCCACUCAAGACCUGCUUAUGACCAAAGAAUUCACUAAGGAGAAAAUAUUUGCCAUUUGUUUUAAAAUCAUGCUUAUUUGACAUUGAAAUGUUUAUAAUAAAUGUCAUGUAAAGUUCAUUCUUCUA